CUUAUGGUGGAUUUAUGCAGCAAUUUUAAGUCAUAAGUUGUAAGUCGUAAGUUUUAAGUCAUAAGUCAUAAGGAGUUGAUUCAUUAGUUUUCAAUGUUCUCAUUUAUACACUUUACCUAAGUUUUAAGUUUUAAGUUGUAAGAUUUAAGUCGUAAGAAAGUUGGCCAACUUUUAUCUCUUACGACUUAUAACUUAAAACUGAUUGUAUAUACGCAUGCGUGUAAAAUUUCACAUUCUGUGUUUCGUGACUUUUGUGUCAUUCCCGUCAUUUCUGAAAAAUGUGAGGUUAAUGUAAUUGUAUUUAUUUAUUUUUUUUCGUUUAUUACAUUCUUAUUUCUUAUCAUUCCCUAAUUCGGCAAAAUGGAAAUUGACGACGGCCAACUUAUAGAAAUUGUUCGACAAUUUUCAAUAAUUUAUGAUAUGAAACAUCAAGAUUAUAGGAAUCAUGAAAAAAAAAAGCAAUGCCUGGAAAACUAUCAGUGAAAUCAUGCACCGCCCAGGUAAAGUUUUUAUUUUGAGAUUCCAUUGAAUAGAUGAACUAUGUUUUUGAUUUUUAAAGCUGCAGAAUGUGAAGCGCGUUGGGCUACCCUUCGAAACUUGUUUACCAGAGAAUCGAAAAAAGUUAAAGUGGUACCUUCUGGUUCAGGUGGAAAGGGGAAGACGUGGGUUUGGUUGGAGGAAAUGGGGUUUCUCUCUGAAUAUGUUCGAAGAAGGAAGACAAAAGGUAAUGUAUCCAAACCUCUACAAAGUCAGGAAAUAGAAGAUUCAAGUCAAUCUGAUAAUGUAUGGGAUACCAUGUCUGAAAUAUUUAAUACAAAUGAACCACAACAUAUUGAGGAAGCAGGGCAUGAUGAAAAUCUUGAUCCCAUGUCAGAUAUUGAGCUAGUCAGUGAUGAUGCAGAGCCAGAAAGAACUGCCACAGGAAAAAGAAAAUUGAACCAUGAAGAACCUCUUCCUGGUACCUCAACUUCAACUACACCUGCCAAAAAAUCUUCACCAUCUAUCAGCAUUUUGCGAAAUGAGCGCCAAGAGAAGAGGAGAAAGAUUAGUCAGCAAUCAACACUCAUUGAAACAAUGAAUAGUGCUUGGUCUAAAUUUGACAAAGUUAUCAACCAAAGCAGCCAAAAAGAGGAACAACCUGAUUGUUUAUUCGGAAGGAUGGUGGCUGCUGAAUUAGGGAGCAUUGAAAAUAUCAAUGUCAAAUUCACUGCCAAGCAGGAAAUAAUCAAGAUUCUUCACCUGGCAAAAAAUGAACAGAUGCAAUAAACUUUGUCAAGUUUGAACUGAAGCACAUGGGAAGGUAUAUAUUGUGAAAUUCUUUGAUGGUUUUUAAAUAUCUACCCAGGUAUACCUUCCCUUGUUCUGUGUUUAGAAAUGGACAACCUGUGAGAUUUAUGAUCAUUUUUGUUUUAUGUCAGUUCCUAUAUUUUUUUAUCUGACUGAGAAUGUUACUUAUGUUGUUUUUUCCCUUUUAAUAAUAUCAUUUUCAUUUCUUG